AAUAUUAUAGUAGGAGUACUAAAUAAUUAAACGAGAAAAUCAAAUACUCCCUUAACCCCCCUAUGCGUAUCUCUCUCUUCUCUCUCCCUCGCGUUUUUUUUUCUUUUCUCCCCAAAACAGAAUCCGCCGAUUUUCUCCGAUUCGCCGUGGUGCAAGAAUCGACGUUGCCGUCGACUCCGAUCUCUCUCUCUCUCUCUCGAUUUCCACCGCCUCACAUCACCGCUGCUCCACCGCCCCAGCCCCCUUCUCUCCUCAAUCUGCCGCCGCCGUCCCUUCUUUCUCUCCAGCUUCGCCGCCGCUCGCCAGCGCCGCCGCUCCGUCGGACUCCCGAAAGGUUGUGAAAUUAGUGACGUAUCGGAGUGGGGGCUGUCCUUGGUUGUCUCCGGGCUGCCGAAGAGCCGUGAUACGUGAAUAUCUCAAGAAUUAUCCUUGUCGAAUCGAAUGGGGAGCCGUACGGAAUCGGGAGUUGUGACUUCCGCCGGAGUCAUACGCGGCCUUGAGCAAUUCACGGCGUCGAGUGGAUCGCUGGACUCCACGGCGAUGGCGUUCGAACAUCUGCUGGCGUCGCUUGCACGUGUGGAGGCGCGCUUCGACGCGAUGGAGCGGCGGCAGAACGUCGCGCAUCCUCCGCCAUGGCCAGACCCAGAGCGGCGGCAUAACGUCGCGCUUCCUCCGCCAUGGCCAGACCCAGACCCAGACCCUCCUUUUGAUGAUUGGCAGCGGUGGCGUGGCGAUUCAGCAAGAAAUAGACCGACCAUGUCAGCGGCGACAGCGGUUGCGUCUCACCCACAUCUAGGGUUUGACGGCGCACAGGUUCGGAGCAAUUACAAUGCGCCGCACUCGGAGGAGAUGCCGUGGGAUGCUUACGGGCCUAGCAACGAUGGCUUUCAGUCGAACCAGACGCAAAAAGGGUUCACCGGGCCGUCUCGGAGCAGAUUCCUUCCGCUAAACUCAGAGACGAAGCAGUGUGACCGUUUCGGGGCAGUCAACGAUGGUUUUCGAGGGAGAAGCCCCACUGCAUGGGACAAUCCCGCACAUAGAUGGGACAAUCGGGGCGGGAGACACGUGCCGGCGUCGGAGAAUGAUUGGGGCCGGCGAGAAGUGGAACCCUAUUCUGAUAUACAGCGUUUUGGUCAGCGACGUCAGGAUCAGCCACCGCCACCGACAAGGCCUGAUCCGAGGCCCGAUCCGAAGCCGCCCUAUUCUGAUUGGGCGAGGGAUAGGACCGCGAGGGAUAAUCCCGACCAUAGCCAUGAAAUUCACGCUGGGCGACAAUCGACGGCGUGGGACAACCCUUGGGCACGCUACGACGGUGGGGGUUACUCCGAACCACCCCGUUACGACCAUUAUCGAUCAGACAGACUACGUUACGCGACGAUGACGCCCCCGUGCUUUGACGGGUCUGAUGCAGUCAAUUGGAGAUCGCGCGUGCCGGUGGUGGUUGGUGAUGAAUUGUCUGAUAACGAAGAUGAUCUUCUGGUAGCAGAUAACGACGAUGCUGAGCACAUGGAAGAAGAUAUAGAUGGUGAUUUAGCGGAUAUAGAAGCACUUAACUAUGAGGAUCUUGACAGUGUGUCGAAACUACAAAAAACUCAGCGAUUUACUGACAUCAUGCAGAAAGUUGAAGAUGCAUUGGAAAAUGGGUCUGAGAACUCCACUCUUGGAAUUGUUUUGGAAGAUGAUCCAGAGUAUCAGUUGAUAGUUGAUUGUAAUGCCUUGUUUGUCGAUAUUGAAAAUGGGAUUGUGUUAAUUGACAAUUUCAUCAAGGUGGAGUUGGAUUCGCCUCAUCCAACAGAAGUAGAAGCUCGCGAGUCCGCAGUAUUCAUAGUUGCACGUAUGAAGCAACUGUCGAAUGAUGCUGCAAUUGUUCCAACGCAGCGACCGGGAUCGUUUGAUCCAGGAGGGGAGGCCCCGCCAAAACUUCUGUUCGCAAUGUUCAUCCGUGUGUCGUGGUUCCCACCUUGAGGACAAGGUGAAUUUCAACCGUGGGGGAGUUGAUACGUGAAUAUCUCAAGAAUAUCCUUAAAACUCUCUUAUUUAGUUUAGUAUUGAAUUAACAUAUCUUUCCAUAUAUUCGUAGUAUCUUUAUUUCUUAUUCCCUAAGUCAUUAUAGUCUUAUAAAUAGGAGAUAUUGUAUUCUUCUAUUCCAAUCAAGAAAUAUGAAAUUAUCUUUUUAGCUUUUAUCGUUUUUUUAUCUUUUUGCAAUCUUAAAUCUUGGUUUGAUUGACCGGCAAAGCUCCGGCGACUGCCUUUUAUCGUGAUAAGGGAACUUCACCCUUAUCAAGCCGUCGCCGGAAAUCCGGCAGAUUCAUGUUCAAGAUAAGAUUCUCAAUUUAUGCUUACCCUGGUUGUAGGACUUAGUUGUCUAUUUUAUAAAUUUGGUGAAUUCCGGACAAUUGUGUGUCUUCUUGGAAGACUUAAUGGUGAAACAAGUAAUUCUUGGUGUUUAUUGUUAACAUUUGGGCAGAUUCUUCUUCCAACUACAUAUAUGCAUGCUUGUACAUAGAUGAAAGAAAAGAAAGGCUUGGUGUUUACCUUUUGAUGUGGCAGUUAAGUGUUGUUGGAUGGUAGUGUUUCACUCUACGAAUUGUGUGAAAUUCUCCUUCCUCAAACUCCUAUAUCCAUGUUGGCUUGGUGUGUGCAGACAACUUAGGAUUACUUAGGAUUUGAGGGUGAUGUGUGUGUGAGGGAAAGAAAAAUGAUUGUAUACAAUACAAAAAAGGUGGCAUUGAAAGUGACGUGUAACAAGUUGGUGUAGCAAGUUGCAUGGUAUUCUUAUCUCUAAUUAUUCUCUUUUGUCAGAAGGGAUAUGAUUUGUCUGCCCUCAUUAAAUGAGGCAUUUAAUGUUUUGAAAAAAAAAAUCAUCCUCAUGAUCGGCCCUCUCUCCCCUUUUUUAUAUAUAUAUUAUUUGUUUAAUUUGGUGCAGGAAAAAAAAUCCAAUUCCAGUUCGGAGCUGUUCUCGUUGAUGUACCCGAUUUUCUUUAGAACAAAAGAUGUAUUAAAUUAAAUUUUUGUUGGACUUUUAUUGGAUGUAUCGGACAUUAAGAUUUUGAUUAUGGGACUUUAUUUAUUUACUUAAA